AUUGGCAGAAACACUAUCUCGCCCCACCAUGACUAUAAGAGUCGCCGUCGCUGCCCUGGGAUUGAAACUCACUUCCACCUAAACUGGAUUUUUCUCACACGUGUGCUUCAUCCUCUGUAGAGCUGUGCAGCUGAUUGCAUCUGCCAGGAGUUAGAAAUGUACUGCUUCGUUCUUCUUCUUGGGCUGAUGGCCCUGGUGGACGCGAAGAAAGAGCCUUGUUUUCAUUUCCCCGGAGAAGCAUACCUCCGCUACGGGCCGGGCAGGUUCAACAUCUCAGAUGAAGCGCGCUACAACCUGACGUUCCGAACAAGUGCGGCCAGCGGAAUAAUACUGUAUGUGGAGGGACCUGACGACUAUGAGGUGCUGUUUCUGAGAAGAGGACGUUUGAUCUACCUUCUGACCAACCCCACCCCGUCGGGAGUGGAAGGUACAUCCGGCGGGCUGUACGAGAGUAAUGCCGCCGUCAACAACAACACAUGGGUCAGGGUGGAGCUGCUGAGGAACUGGGGGCUGAGGAAGAGGAGUCGGGUGGGCACAUCAGGCCGGAACACUCCGCUUCAGACAGGCAUGAUCCUUCACGAUUUGGAGAGAAACACAGAGGAAGUCCAUCUGGACAACCUGAAUCAUCAAGGAGUCCUGCUGCAUCCCGACAUCUACAUUGGCGGCAUCGGAGUUGAUGUGCGGCACAUUCGUCCUGGUUCCUCAGCUGUUACUCCCUUCGUGGGCGAAGUGAAGGACAUGUCAGAAGUCCGCAAUGGCCUGACCUUUGAGUUCCCGUUCUUGAACUACGAGAACCGUGUCAAGGAAUGCGUCGCGUAGGGGCACCUCUGUCUUAUGGCCUCAACUGUUACAACGUACAAUGUGUACAUAGAGUAUGUAAUCAUUUCCAUUUUGUACGCCUGCUUUCAAGCCAUGAUUUCAAGACAGACGAUGGAGUUGACUUGGUUACUUGAAGAUUGAGGCAAACCCCAAAAUGAUUGUUAUUUUGUGUUGUUUCUAGUCCUGUUUGCAGGUACCUUGUAAAGUGACCUAAAGCCUACAAAACGUUUAAUGUCAGAUAACCAGUCGUGAACGUCAUUUACCGUAGGUUAGCAGUAACAGGGAAAAAUGCCAAGUAAGUAUGUUGACAAAAUAUAACUGGCACAAGCUAACAAUGUGUUCACUGUUUUGCAGUUAAGUCCCAUUAUCAAAAUGAUGAAAAGGUACAAAUAAAGAUAAUCUUUUUUUCAUUCUUGCGCUAACAGCUGCACAGAUUACCCAGUGAAACAAUUUUUUUAAAGGAAACUUACUGAGUUUGUCUGUCAUGUAAGGUCUUGCUUACUAUCAUUGUUUUAUUGCAAGUUUUGAUAAUUGUAUUUUAGUAGGAGCUUUGUAAAUGUUCUGUAUGAUUUUAAAAAGUAGACAUUGGCAAUACAGUGAUGUUUUAGUUAUUCUUUUAUGAUUUCUUUCAAUAAAGAAAAGAUGAAAGCACA